UUCGUUUACAUAAUUCCGCGAUAUAAUUUAAAUUUGACUUAUUUAUGAUUAACCAAUCAUUUAUGAAUCAUCAACUUAUUUAUAAUGCCAAUCUGUUUAAAUCAUUUUUCUUUUUAAAAUGUUAAAAUAAGUUUUUUCAACCUUAUGAUUGGCGCCAAAGUUAAUUAUUUUAUGUGAUGUGAUAAUAAAGCAGGAAGAACCUUCACAACUAUGGAGAACAGUAAUGAAUUUGAAGAAACACCUUUAAGAAGAUCAAGACGCAAGCCUAAGGAAAAGAAUACAGUUCAAAAGCUGGAUGUGGAUAUUACUUCUAUCAAAGGCAUUACUGUUGUUGAAAAUACACUUGUAAGAAGAUCAGGGCGUAAACCCACGAAUAAAAAGAAUGAUGACCAAAAUUCAAAAACUGAUCAAGCUAUUUCGAAUUUAAAUCAAGAUCAAAUGUUAAAAACCUCAAAGAGUGUGAACAAAAAAUUUAAAGUCAAAAAUGAAAUUUCCUCUCCAAAAUUUGAACCAACUUCUGUUGAUAUUUCGGGGUUUGGUUUGAAAGAUUUAAGUCCUUCUUUGCCUGAGAUGGCAAAAAUAAAAACAGAAUUAGUAAAAUCAUUUGAUAUGCAGCCAUUAAUAGAUUACAAUUACACUAUUGAUGCUCAAGAAAAAAUAUCUUCUGAAAAACCAAAAGUGCAAAGGAAUAGAAAACGAAAAGCAAGAGACCUUGUAGAGGAUAGCGUAUCGCCUGAAAAAAACGAAAAAACUGCGUCUAAAAAGAAAUUAACCUCAAAAAACAUAUCAACUAAAGUUCAAGGGGAAAAGGAGCCUGAAAUUUCAUUUGAACCAAUCAUGAAAGAAAAACUGUUAAUAGAAAAUAAUAAUUCUGCUUUUAUUGGCUCAUCAACCAGCGAAAAAACGGUUUUGCAAGUUCUUGCUCAGCAUGAGUUAGGUGCAGGCAGUGAAUCACCUCCUAAAACACUGAUCAAAGAGAGCUGUGAUUCGAGUAGUGAGUCAGAUUGGGAAGAAGUUGAAGAAAGAACAGAGGUGAGCCUUGAUGAUUACAAUCCAGUCAUUCCCAAAGAUGGCGUAGAAAUUACUAUAGAUUGUCCAGAACUCAAUGUACGCAAACGAAAGAAAAAACAGUUCGAUCACAUGGAAUACAUUAGACUUUAUAUUAAUCGUGAACGAAAAGAUCAUCAAUUAAAUGUACAUAAAACUCAUAUAUUAUGUCUAUUAGCUCAUGGGUUAUUUGUAAAUAAUAUUCUAAACCUGCCCUAUUUAAGAGCUUUAGCACUUUCCUAUCUGCCCUCAGAUUUGUUAGCAGUGACAGCUGGUCGAAAGAUAGACAAAGCGGAUUCUGGUGUUAUACGUAAUGUGGUUUCUUGGUUUUGCGAAAAUUUCAGUUUUGAAAAUAAGCAGUUGCCUUUCAUUGAUUUCCAAGAACGUAUGCCUAACUACUUUCAGGAGCGAAAAUCCUCAAGUCCAUCUGAGUACAAUUUACUGUUCGUAGUAUUUGCUAGAGUUUUAGGUUUUAAAAGUAGACUUUGUGUUUCUCUUAAUCCUGUUAGUCACAAAGCAAAAAAUUUAUUGAAAAAACCGUGCUCGAAGGAAAAGGUUGAGCGUGGCCCAAAGGAAGAGCUCAAAAAAUCAAUAGUUGCGACAAAAGACAAAAAAGUUAAAUCUGAUAUUUCACUUAAAGAAAAGAAACUUCAACUCCGGCGAUCUAAGAAAGCUAAAAGCUGCAAAUUAAGCAGCGGUGAAGAUGAAGAUUUUGUUGAGACGAACUCUAAAAAAAUCAAACAAGUAAAAAAGAUGUCUAAAAAUAUUUCAGGAAAACGAUCCAAUCGCAAUGUCUUAUCUAGUGAUUCGGAGCCUGAUACGCCAGAAAACCAAAGUUUUGAGGAAGAUAAGAUCAUCUGCUGGUGUGAAGUUUUUUCUAAACCAGAUAAACAAUGGAUUUCUAUUGAAUGUACUAAUGCUAUUGUUGAUAAACCUUAUGAUAUUGAAAAAUUACUUCCAAAACCUGUGGCAUAUAUUUUAGGUUAUGAUAAUGAUUGUUACGUAAAAGAUUUAACCAAACGUUAUUGCAGUGAAUAUAUGACUUCAACUUUAAAAUUAAGAGUUGACUCAGAUUGGUGGGAAGAAACACUUGAAUACUUUGCUCCUCCAAACUCAAAAUUAAAUAAAGACGAAGAAAAGAAAUUGGAGGAAAUUUUAGUCAACAAACCAUUACCUAAAACAGUUGGAGAGUUUAAAAAUCAUCCACUCUAUGCUCUGAAAAGGCAUCUUUUGAAAUUUGAGGCAAUCUAUCCACCUGAUGCAGCGCCUGUCGGUUUCCUACGAGAGGAGCCUGUCUAUGCGAGAGAUAAUGUGUGCAAACUUCAUUCACGUGAGACGUGGGUGAAAGAGGCUAGAGUAGUCCGUGCUGGUGAGGAACCAUACAAGAUUGUAAAAGCACGCCCAAAGUGGGAUCGAAUUGCUGGUGUAAUGAGGACAGAUUUACCUCUUGAAGUGUUUGGUUUUUGGCAGACAGACCCGUAUGAACCACCCACUGCAGAGGGUGGGAAAGUGCCCAGAAAUGAAUAUGGAAAUGUUGAGCUGUUCAAACCUUGCAUGCUACCGCACGGAACUGUACAUCUACAAAUUCCAUGUUUGAAUCGCAUUGCAAAAAAGUUGGGUAUUGACUGCAGCGCAGCUGUUGUUGGUUUUGAUGGCCAUAAAGGAAGCAUUCAUCCAGUAUUUGAUGGCUUUGUUGUCUGUGAAGAAUUUGAAGAUACCCUUAUAGCUGCAUGGGAGGAAGAGCAAGUGAAUGCAAAAAAGCGUGAGGAAGAAAAAAGAGAAAAGCGAAUUUAUGGCAAUUGGAAGAAAUUAAUAAAAGGUUUACUCAUCAGAGAAAGAAUUAAAUUGAAGUACAACGUGAAAUGAAAUUGCAUUUUCAAGCAUUUUAACUACCUCUUUCAUUAACAUCGAAAUAUUUUUUUUCUGUUUCUUCAUUUUAUUCAUUCAACUAUUUCUUUGUAUUCUACAAAAUUUCCAACAUCUGUGAUAUUGGGUGAAAAAAAAACUUUCAUUUGUGUUCUUUUGUACAUAUCAUUAUUCAACAUUUUAAAAAUGUUUCAUAUGAAUAGGGAUUUAAAAAAUUAAGUAUAAAUAUCACUUAAGAAAAUUUUCCUUGCAAAUUCUCUUUUAUUACUAAUUUAAAAGUGUAAAAAAAGUGAGUGCAGACAAACCUAGAAUAAGCCACGACAUACUGAAAAGUAAAAUUUACAAAUGAAAAUAAAUUAUGAGUUGAUAACUUAAGAUUAUGAGAGGGAGAAGUUCUCUUCUAAUAAUUUGUUUGCAUUUUAAUAUUUUGAAGUAAUAUUUUCAGACUUCAUGACUUAACUCUAGGUUUGCCUGAACUUACCUUUUCUUCUGGUAUGGUGUCCUCUUAAAAUGCUAAAAUAAUAAAUUUCUUUCCACGAUUACUGAGGUGAUAUGCAAUAAAUGUAGACAUAUAUAAACUGUAAAGAAAGUAAAAUAUUUGAUACUUA